AUGGGCUGCACCAGUUCGAUCGAGCCAUGGGCUCCGGAGGAGUGGCCACGAGUCUUCGCAACAUCAAGAUUUCUCACGCCCAAGCACUACAUGUGGUUUCGGAUGGCCUGGGCAGCCAUCUUCCUCGUGCACACCGUCUGGCACAUGGUGCAGGGUGCAUGGAUCGAUGGUGAAGAGGGCUUCUACUUCAUCUACUUCACCCGGCAGUCUCUGAUCCUGCAGACCUUAGACAUGUGCUUGUUGUGGUACCUGUCACUUACUGGGAAGGACAAGGCCCAAGAACUGGACGAGAGUGCGACUUCGGUUCCGUGCCUGGUGCGGACAGCCAUGGCCAUCACCUCCCUCUCCGUCCCCCUUUCGCUGGCGGUGGUCCUGGUUCACUGGGCCUUCAUGAACCCUAUUUGGGACUUAAAGCAAUCUCCAGGCUACCUCGAGAUCUACGCUCAAUUCGUGAACUGCGUGUUGCUUCUGGUCAGUCUGUUUGUCAGCCGCGUGCCCUUUUCAUGGCAGCAUGGCGGCUGGCUCUCAAUUUACGCGGCCCUUUACCUGGUGUGGACCUACAUCGACCACCGCUGGCGCAUCGGCAUUCGGACGCAGUGUUACGGCGGCAACUGUGACUGCAUCAUCUGCCCCAUGCACGCUGUGCUCGAUUGGGACAAGGAGGGAACCGCUGUGGCGGGAGUUCUGGUGACAGGCAUGGGCGCGCUGGUGGUCAUCGUGGCAUGCACGGUCCUCGUGCGGCAAAGGGACCGCCUCGACACGCAGGAGGACCUGAAAGAGUGGGACAGGCAGAAGCAGGAGCAACUGCGUCUGCUCCAGGAGGCGGAGGAAGAGGAGGUGUGGUUAAGAGCCUUGUUGCUUGGCCUGGACGAGCUGUUCGAGAAGUUUUCUUGGUAUAGCGAAGAGGACCAGGUCACUGCGGUCAAUCAGGAUGUGGCCGCUGCCGAUAGUCAUGUGAGAAGCAUAGCCGACGCCGAGAACGUGAAUUUCAUCGACGACGGACGGAAUAGUGGAAGGACAGGAAUGGAGAUGGAUAGCAGUGCUGAUAGAGAUCGCCUCGGCCUCAGUUUCUCAGGACCACCCCCAGGACUGACGGAUAGAAACUCGGAGAUCGUGGCGGCGAUGGAUAGUGUGGGGAGGUCGGGAGGACUGGGCUAUGCCGGAAUAGCGGACACGUCGGGCGCUCAGGGGAGGGACGCAGGCGAAGGAUUGCAGGAGUUGCUCGCAAUCCCGUCGAUAGCGGACAGAGGGGAUGCCGUGAUGCAGCUCAGCAUGCUUGCAAGCCGUCCUGUUGUAUUCGAUCCAGUCGUAGGAGCUACAGAUUUAAAUGAGUAUAGGGCUGGAAGAGGUGGGAUAGAAGCGGGAAACGCUAGGACUCCGACGCUUGCUAUCGAGGAUCUGGCUGGAAUAGGUGGAAGGCUGGAGGAGGGACCGUUCAUCAUCCCCUCCGAGACUGUGUUCCACGGAACGGAUUACGAGUCAACGGGAGGUGCCAAGGGAAUCACCGGUUCCAGGAUAGAAAUGGCGAUCGAGGAUAGAGUGGAUAGCCUUGCCGUGUCAUCAUCGUCAGAUCACGAUAGGACGAUCAGGAGGAAUGAUGAUGGAAUAGAUGCGAUGAUGAACAGUGGCGAGCUCGGUGCUGAAGGCGAUCGCACGAGAAGUGCGGAUAGCGGACAUUGGAUGGGCAGAGGGAAUGGAGAUGAUCUCGUUCCAGGAGUGUAUUCGAAUAGCGCAACCACGAUUGGGAAUGUCGGUGCCGAUCCUACAGAUCUGGAGCUGAUAGCUAAGGGAUCUUCAGCAGUAGCGCAGAACGCGAUCAAUGAGAGCGAUGAUAAAGCGCUGUCUGUAUUUUCAUCUACAGGUCUCUCGGAGGCAUCGCCAGGCGGGAACGUUGAAGCGUUGAAAGAUGUGGGGAUGGACCAGACUACGACGAUCGGAAUAGAGUGGGGAUCACAUGGGAUCAGGAGUACUCUCGAGGAAGCGGGGGUCAUCACUGACGUGGACUUUGCGAAGUUCUUCACAGAUCAGGGACCAGGAGAGCCUGGAUCAACGCCCAUGACGAUGCAAUCGGAUUCGCAGGAACGGUGGAACGCUGGGAUAUAUGGCAAGAUGGAUGAGGGACUGCGUAAGCAACGAGCGGAGCAGGCCGUUAAGGAGAUGAACCAGAUAGCCGAGAGCGUCCCCGCAGCCAAGAAGUCGAAAUCGACAGAAAUUGGGGGACCGAUCCAUCAGGCAGGAAUGAUCACCCCGGAUCAGGGUAGCGAGGGAUGGGGCAAUCGAUCCCCGGCCCCACGAUCCCCUGGGAUAGGUGGGCAAUACGAGCACUUCGGGAUCAAUACUCCUCCUGAAGGACGAGGCAGGAACGAUGAGAUGAGGGCAACAUCAUCCCCACCUAGGCGGGCAAAGGUGAGAACUCCUGCCGAUCCGGACAAGUCUUCGUUAGGAGAGAUAGACGGCAGGAUAGAUGAUUUACAGACGGUGGUUGUGGACACGCAGACCGACGUAGCCAAGCUUAAAGUGGCAAGUGAAUGUGCAAGUGCAAUUGCUAAUAGUUCAGGGGAAAAGGCGGACGUCGUGAGCAAGAGAUUGGUGGAAUGCGAGGAGGAGGUGAAGCACUGGAAAGGUUGGAUAGAAUCGCAGCAGAUAGAUACCAAGACAACACUGUCGCAGGAGCUGAAAGAGAUGAGUCGGAUCAUGGACGGGAGCGUCAGCGAGGAUAGGAUGGAUGAUGCAAUGGCUCCGCAACUGACCGAGGGAGCAAUGCAGCUCGCACGGAGAAUGAGACGGCAGGUUGACAACGUGAAGGUGCUCAAGACCUCUGUUACGACUAGAUUGAAGGGAGUGGAGGAGCGAUUGUCCACAGCGGAGCAUUCAGCGGACAUAGCCAAACAGAGUACCGGGACGAAGAUCACCACGUUAGAGACAGGAUUGAACGAGGUGAGACGUGGCAUAGGUGUAGUCUUCUCGAGCAUGCAAAUGCGACACGAGAAUGGAACAUGGAAGAACGAGAGACUGGAUAAAGUAGAGACGGUUUUGAAUAGACAAUGGGACCAGAUCAAGAUAGCGGGCGAGGAACUAAGGAAGCUGAAGUCCAAGGGGAGCCAGAAAGCCGGAACAGAUACGGCAUCGUCGUCCCAUUGCAACAGCCAAGGAAAAGGUCCUGGAUGCGGAUGCAGAGAACCUGGCGAGGGUCACGGCACGUGCAUAGAUGGGGCAGUGCGGGGCGAAACCAAGAAGCUGAGUGAAGUGGUUCUGGCGCAGAAGGAACACAUAAUGACCGUCGCGAGAGAGGUGAUAAAGAACCGCAAAAGCGUGGCUGAGAUUGUGGCGAACAUGACAAAGGUUCACAAGACUUGCGAGAAUGUCGCGGCAAGGACCGAUCGGAUGGAUGAGAAGAGAAACGGAGAACAGGCCUGGGUGAAGGAUACCGUGCGAAAGAUGGAAAAGACAAUGGAGUCAAUGUCGAGCCGUAUGAUAGAUGAGCAGAAGAGAGUCACGGGCGAAUUUAUCCUUGUCAAUGCUCGAAUUGAUGAGAGCGCACGGAACGAAGGGGUAGGCAAGAUGCGAGGAAACAGUGCAGAGAUAGGAAAGCCACCGACCAUGUCACGCGGACGAGAUAGUCACGGUGGGAGUGGGGGAGCCGACGGAAGAGCCAGGAGCGACAACGCCCGAGGAAUAGAGGCUUCGAGGCCGGAGUCGGCAGGUCCUGUGGUAGAUCGAAGGAUUGAGAAUAGAUGCAUUGUGUUAGAACAGCAGGUGACCAAGAUCACUAGUCAAUUGCAGGGGUUGACCACUGUGAAUGAGCGGAUCGUGAGGGAGAACGCUAGCCUGCUCAGUGAGAUAGAAAGCAUGAAGGGGGAGAACAAAGGAGUGACAGAGUCGGUGAAACGAAACGAUAGCAUUAAAGCAGAGCUGGAUAGCAUGUGGAAUAGAAUCGGUGAGAUCGCCAAGCAGAGCUCCGAAUACGCCAUGCCGGCGCCGGCUGCGGGAGGGGGAUACAGCAAGUUUAAGGACACCAGAGGGAUGGAGAAAUGCAACGAGAUAUCGAUAGCGAAGGAGCCAUCAUCCGGAGAAGUAGGACUGUGGCUGGGCGAUGUGGCACAUACCGCGAAGGCUGCGUAUCUGUAUGAUGGGGACUAUGCAUACACGCAGGUACUGAAGGUACGCGAAAGGAGCGAAGCGAUGAUAGACAUGGAACUCAAGUACCCUGCGCUAGAGAACCAGCUGUUUAGCGGAUUGAAGAGAGCAAUAAAGUCAGAGUCAUUGUCAGCGAAGGUGAAGAUGGAGAUGUACAAGACUCAGCAAGUGGGAGAUGGAAAACCGAUGACGGCCAUGAGAUUGCUUACGCUGAUAGUAAAGCAUGUUGAGAUCCCGAUAGCUAAAGAGAGUCAGGUGCUGUACGAUGGUCUGAGCAGCACGAAGGUUAUGCAUUUCCCGGGGAAGCCCGAAGAGGAGGCACUGGAGGAGUUCAUGACUAGAUGGGAUCUGGCGCACACGAACCUUGUAGGGCUGAAAGGCAAUACCUGGAGCGAGCAACAGCUGGGAUGGAUGUUGCAUUCGAAGGUGCAGAGAGUUCAGGUGCUGAACCACGAUAUUGAGGCAUGGAGAUUGCUUCCGGACGAGGCCAAGACGCACACCUGGUUGCGAAAGAGAAUCAAGGAUAGACUGGAGAUGUGGAGAGCGGACAAGAACAUAGACGAGGCCUCAAUGCGGGUGAGCCGACAGGCGUUCACGACUGGAUAUGCUGCGAUGCCGGCUCAGCAGGGAUCCUAUAGAGCGGAAGAGGUCCUCAAGAAGGCCAGCGAUGAUAGUCAGGUAUUUGCGGCCAUGCCUGUGGUACGACAAGGGGAUGAUAGCGCCGAAGGACACACAGCCGACAAGAUGGUACGAAAAUGCAAAAACGUACACAAGAAGGGGUAUGAACAUGAUGUGAAACGAUAUCCCGUGAUUGAAGAGGCAAAGGCAAGGCUGCGCGGGAUAUCUCUGGCCGAAGAGGUCGUGCUGGACAUACUAGCCGGGGAGCAAGGCGAGGAAGGUAAGGAUGCAUCAAGAUUGGCUGACAGGAUAGUGGAGGAAUGCAGGAGAAUAGGUAUAGUCGACGAGAGGUUCCGCGUGGAUAGUCGAGAGGAUAGUCAGCCGGCGGCAUCAGCACAGCAUUGCUUGCCACCGGUAAUGAGACGAUGGAUGAUAGACUCGGGAUGCGCUAUGGAUCUCAUAGCAGAAGCAGACCUCACCCAGGACGAAAAAGAUAUGGCCAUUGAGGCGAAGAAAGUGAGGUUCAACACCGCCAACGGCAACACCACGUCAAAGCAAGAGAUCUGCAUGGAUAUACAAGGGAUGCCUGAGACAAUGAGGAUUAGAAUGCUCGAGAGUACUCCCGCUGUUCUGUCGAUGGGGAGGAGAUGUAUGAAAAUGGGAUAUUCAUUUCAUUGGCUGGCGGGUGCUAACCCCGUGUUCGUCAAACCUGACUCGAGCCUGAUAGUGCUAAAAGUCAUCGGGGAUAUUCCCUACAUGGUGGAUAGAACAUCAACGGUCGUUAGCGAGAAUGAGCGAAGUGACUAUCACAUCUAUCCUGCGAUGCCAGCGCCUCUUGCAAUUGAACUACCUGUGCGAGGAAAUUCCAGUCCGAGGAAAAUCGAAGAAAAACAGGAAGAAUGUAGCCCCAAAAGCGUGGACUCGGACACGGAUAGAGACACCGAGGAGGAACCGAUAGGAAAGGUCACAAACGACGAUGGGAGGCUGCUGGACAAGUGGAUGUUAACAGGUAAUAAGGCGGUGUGUUUCCACAACAAACCAAGAACGAAGACUUGCGAUCCGUGGUUUGAGACACUGAAAUUCCCAGAGAUACAUGCACUUGUACCGCGAUUCGCCGAGCGGUGUAGAUCCAAACGUGUGUACGAAGGUGGAAAAACCGUGGCGGAAUGGAUAGACUGGGUGGAUAAGUGCAAUGAGGGAGAGAGUAGAGACGCGGAGAAGGACUUAUGGACAGGCAAGACCAUGUUCAAGAUAGAAGGGCUCACAUUCGAAGGAGCGGAUGCAGGAGAAGCGGUGCAGAGCGAUAGCGCGAAGGUGAGAAAACAUAUCUUGAAUAGAAUGGCUGCGGACGAAAACGCGGGGCUAGAUGACUUGAUGAUGAUGCUGGACAAGAACAUCGGUACCGGUGGCGAGGCAGAGACGCUAGUCGAGAUAGCAAGGUCGAGGAAUGGACCGGAGAGGUGGGGAUACUCAUUUAUCAGUUGGGCACAGAAGCAGGAAUGCCGUGACGACGAUAUCAUCAUACUGCGCGUGUGCAUGCUUGUGGUGAUAGGAAAGGCACGUCACCGACGAUUGAGAGCCCCAACGAUGUGUCUCAUUGAGCAGCCCCAGGACCCCGAGACGUAUUGGGAUGAUACGCCAGAAGGGGGAUACGCAUCAUUGUGGGCGACAGAAGAAUGGGAUAGGACGAGUGCCAUCCUAGGAACGAAGCUGUUCAGUUUUGAUCAGGGACCGAUGGGACACUCUAGGAAAAAGCCGACAACGAUAGCGACUGACGCAGAGUUGAUAGGAUGGGCGGUCAAUCUUAGAGGACCAGGGACUGGAGCGACGAAUGAUAGCAGUGAUAGAAGCAAGGGCGAGAUGAGCGAGUCACAAAACUGGUCGGAGUGGGCACCGGGAUUAGUGCGAGCCAUCAAGGAGACUAUGCGUAAGCACCACCGAAUUUCAUCAGUGGUCGAAAAGGGGAUAGACGCGAGGAAUAGGGAGACAACGACAGAACAAGACGAUGGUGACGGUCGACUGAGAACGACGUUCUACUGCGCCGCGUGUAAGGCCGAUUCAUCCGGGGUAUGCGGUUUUUGUGAAAGAGCUUUGAGUCCUGAGCAGAUUGAGGCGGGGCAAAGCGCACGCAAUAUGACGGAUGCGGAGUUUCAGCUCAUCCACGGAAUGAAGAAGAGUAAGGAUGACGACCUAAGGAUCGCGGAGCAAGUCGUCGCUGUACCCGGCGAGGAAGAAAGCGCCGAAAACGGAGGCGAAUUGGAUGAUGAUAUAGAUUUGCCAGGAAUAGCCGAUGAAGAACAGGCUAGAAGAGGAGUGGGAGAGCCUCAGAAGGAUGAUAGCGCCGGUGACAUGGGAGAAGUGGAACAAGCAAAGGCAGAAGACGGACCUGCGGAUCAGGUUCGAGUUGCGGAUAGAAUUGGCGAAGGGAUAGGGUCGAGCAAAACUGUGAGCAUCCGGAGAGCAAGAUACUCACCGGAGUAUGCAAAAUCGACGGAACAUUUGCUCACGCAUCUCCCAAAGAACAUGCACUGCGUUGCUUGUCGACAAGGCAAAGCAAUAAACGUCCCUUUCAACAGGGGCGAAGGCAUCACAGACAAGGGCGCCGAGAAGUUCGGGGAGAGGGUCACUGCUGACACGAUAGUUCUUCGCAGCAACAAAGACAAGGGAAUCCGCGGAGAAAACAAUGCAAUCGUGAUGUUCGACUUCAAGACACAGUGGAUACACUGCACGCCCGUAAAGUCCAGGGGAACGGAUGAGUUUGUGCGAGCUAUCAAUGAGUUCCGAGGCCCAGAUAUGGUAGUGCAUCUGUACGCAGACGGAGCCGGUGAAUUCUCAAAAGCCUGCGACGUCAUAGGAACUUGCAGGGCGACUUCUACACCCGGAUUACCCCGAACGAAUAGCAUAGCGGAGCUCAAGGUCAAAGAAGUAAUCUACGGUGGCAGAGUAUUGCUGAGACAAGCAGGACUAGAACCGAAGUGGUGGCCGUACGCUGUGCAGACGUUCUGCUUCCAUAGGAACGUACAACAAGUGGACGGGGUAAGCCCGUACGGGAAAAGACAUGGCAACGAGCAAGACAAAGUGAAACUGAUUCCUUUCGGGGCACUUGUUAACUACCUCCCCAUUGCCGAAAAGCCUAGAAAAGCUGGCAAAGAGGACGCGGCCCUGCUCGAACGGGGGGAUCCUGAAAAUGACGCUCUUGAGAUUCUCGGAGCUGAUGAAGAUGUUUCGAGCAUGGCCUUGCCCUCUGAAACGAAGGAAACUAAAGAACAACGCUUGCAAAGGGAGGAAGAGCUGAGAGAGAUCGAUAGACGUGCGCUCGACAUGGUCAUGACGCAGGACUUUGAUGUGCAGCAUGCAAAGGACAUCAUCCUGAAGUUCACUUCGGUAGAAAAAGGAAUAGCGAAGAAUUCGCGGAGCAUGGCCACCGGUAGAGGGUUCAUAGUCCUGGGGCUGUAUGCGUACGGAGGAAAGGUCGGCGUUACGAAUAGUGCCAAAGAGUAUCCGGGGAUAGCCAUGGUGUGCUGCGAGCUGAUAGCAAAAUGCUUCCCAGAAGCUACUUUUACAACGGUGAUUGUGUCUGUCGGAACCAGGAUGGGGCCUCACAAGGACAAGUUUAACGAGAGCCAGACAUACAACUUUGUUGUACCGGUAAGCGAGAGGGCGGGCGAAGCUAUGAUCUGGACAGAAGAGGAACAGUGUGCGAGUGAGGGUGGCAAGGCCGCCGGGAUAGAGAAAGAGGUGCUUCCGGGAAAAUGGAUAUGGGGAAGGACUCGGAAGGUGGAUAGUGGGCUAAAGUUCAAUCCAAGAGUUUGGCAUGCUACCGAAGAUGCCUUGGCGCCGGAGGAUAGAGUGAUAGCGGUGGGAUAUACCCUGGCAGCGGGUAAAAAGGCAUCUGUGGACGACAAGUGGAAGUUGAUGAGGCUGGGCUUCAGAUUGGAUGAGCACUUUGCGACAUUAGCGGAUGGCUUAUGCCAGGCAGCGUGUGCAGACGAUGGUGGGGAUGGGGAAGAAUAUGUAGAUCACGACGCCGAGGAAGAGCAAGCGUAUGCCAUGGCAUCCAAGGCGAAGUUCGACACUCCGACAUCACCCGGAUUGUUCCUAGGUUACGCGCUCCAACCAGGGGGUGUUCCGAGCGGAGACUAUAUAGUGGUUGAGCUGGCGCACCUGUAUCACGGAUGGACGGUACCGUCGAUACACCGCGUGAAGAGGAUAGUACUUGACGAGGAGAUGCCCAACUACUUCCCGAUGCAAGCUGUGGCUGAUAGGAAGUCGAGAAUCAUGACAGCGACUCGAGCUGAUGCCCUGGCCAGAUUGGAACUGGAGAGAGAGGGGCAGCAAGGAGAGGAGACGGAGGAAAUCUUCGCAGAGGAGAGAAGGGUACGAGCCGAUGUGAUGAGACAAAUUAAGUGCGACGAUCAGCAUCUUCAAAACGGGGAUUUCUGGGAACAUGAUGAGAUAGACCAUUCGUGGACGCUUCAUCACAUCUUACCCCGAAAGGAGCUGUGUACCCCAGGCGAGGAGGUCAAAGGUACAGGUGGCCCCGGGGAUAGAGAGCUGGGUCCAAGGAGGCGAACGUGGAUAGUGUACGCCGAUGGUACAUCGGAGGUGCUGGAUGAGGAUAGAAUGAAGGGCAAGAAGAAGAUCACCAAGAAAUGGACGGGGUGCACUACGUUCUGGGAAAAGGGGGAGCCUGAGGGAGAGAUAGAUGAUGAAGCCAAGGAGCGGGCGCGGGGAGAGAAGGCGACGGGUAUACGGGGGGUGGGUUUAGACUACGAACAAGACAUGCCCAGAAUAGAGCGGCCGUACGCGAGAUCUCACAAACCCAACUCCAUUUCGUCAGCAGAGUGGAAUAGGAUGAGCCCGGGACAGCGACUACGUUAUAUCGAGGGAGACAAAGAGAGGAUCAUCAGAGGAGAGAGGCCCCCUUCGGCCGUUCGAGGGCAAGAGGAAAUAGGACCGCGUCCCGCAGAAAUUGGAGUUCGAGAAUGGAUGGAGAAAAUCACCGACCAUGGCCAGGAAUUCUCACCGCCGGAGUACCGAUGGGAUCCCCCACCGGGAAUGCCUGAGGGUGGCCGAGUAUGGGCAGUAAGAAACAAUCGCGCCACAUCCUACCGAUUCUAUGGCGGAAGGGACAAAAGACGGCUUGAGCUCUGGUGGAGGGUCACUCGGAGCGCUAAUACUGGAGAGGUCUUAGAAUCCAUUGAGUACGACUCUUGUAUACAGGCAGAGAUGAUGCGCAAUAGAGGGAGAUACCGAUUCGUUGUGCCCAGGGACAUCAUCACGGAGUUCUGGUACAUCCCCGACGGAGGAGAAGACCGACGAAUCAGGGAUAGAGGAGAAUCAGCAGAACCUGCUGCACCGGCGUCCAGGAUGGGGGAUACUGAGGAGGUUACAAAAACCAUCAACCAAUUGUGCAGCACAGCUGGAAUAGCGCGAACGCCGUCCGACAACAUCGUUGGGGAAAUGAUGAGGGAGUUGGGCGAACAGCCUAAAGUGCAGAUCAUGGGGGUCGGAUUAGAAGAGAUCGGGGGUAACGGAGGUGAGAACGUAUCUUGGAUAUCGGGGGAAGGAUGCGUGAUAGGAGAGGGUGUGACGGAUGUGGUCAUUGCUAUCGAUGCGUCUAGCGACGGCAUGAGGACAGAGGUUGAUCGGAAGGCAUCCGGGUGGAGACGUGAGGAAGGCCUAGAUAGUACGCGAGAGGCUCGAGAAAGAGUGUUUGGCAAUGUAGAAAAGGUUAUCACGGACGCCAACAGCAGAGGAAUAGUGGCCACGAUCAUCUGGAUAGGCGGUAAAAGUCGAAUGGCUGACGAGACCAUUGUUCGAAUGGCGCUUGCAUGGGACAUGUGGAUAGUGCGGAGUGAUGGGUGCAUGCUGGGUAUGCAUGACGGGGUAGACGCGUCGUGUUACAUAGGAGUCGUCACACAAUGCAUGAUGAAUGCGAUCGCGGCGGACAUGUUAGCAUGCGAUCACAUGCCAAGGGAUCAUGACUUGAUGUCGCGCAUAGUGAGGACUUCGGACGCGAAAAUAGACGUACGGCGAGAGCAGGAGGGUAAAGCGAUACGCGAAAUGAUCAAGGUGUUAAGGGACGUGAUAGACAUCUGCGGCGAGGAAGAGGGUGAUUCGGUGUCGAUGGCAUGUGAAGAACACGAGGGAGACUAUCUCGGAUAUAGCAGUGGUAUGAUGACACUGGACGAUGGGGCACCAUACAUCAGUCGUGAGGAGAUCAGAUGGAAAAGAUGCAUAGUUAUGAACAAUCCUGGCCGAGAGGCAUUGAGGGAGAUCUUCGGACCACGAGCGAAACACACACAAGAUCUGCGCGUGAUCCUGGUUGACGGCGACGACAUAGGCAAGGUUAUGAUGACGAAGCAGAACAGUCGCCGCAUCAGACAUAGUACCGGAGGGGCCGCAGUAGCUUACCCUGGAGAAGAGCUCGAGGUGGGCGACAUGAACGGCGACGGAUGGAUAAUAGUGCUGAUCGGGGAGAGGGAGAACAGCGACACAGAUCGGCGCCACGACCAAGAUAGAGAGGAAAGCUCCGGAUUCGACGACCAGAGCGAUGUGUUUGACUCGGAAGGAUGGACGCUGUCAGACUUGGAAGAGGAACGGGAACCGGUGGAUGAGGCAUUCUUCAGGGCCGGACACGCCGAAACCAUUAACCUCGAAACUAUGGAGAAGGGCGAAUGCAACAUUGUCAUGUGGGAGGCAGAGAGAAACGCACUAGUCCUCGAACUAAAGGACGACAUCCAUGUUCCACUGAUAGGUUACACCUGGGUUCGUACUGGGAUAGCGUAUCCGGAAGAUCCUGGCACCAGUGUAAGAGUGUCUGCGCUCGGGCAGCUUGUGGCAGAAACCAUGUGCGACGUCAUAGGAUACGAGGUAUCACCUGAGCGAGAGAUCCUGGUGGCUAUACAGAAUAGAAAUAGCUUUCCCAUCACGUUUGGAGGAGGAGGGGGGCCAAUCAUGAGAAUGGAAUUCGCUAAGGGAGUAUGUCUACGGCCGAGGAUGCGCGGGUGCAUGAUGCCUGAGAACGUGAAGGAAGUGAGACAUCGUAGGGCACAUCGGGAGAGCAAGAAAGCAAUCUGGGCAAGGGAGGCCCGUGCGAGGGAAAGAGACAGGGAUAGUGUGGAUCAUGGGCUGAGAGCAAGGAGGAGUAGAGAUGAGGAUAGGCGGCGAAUCGGCAUCAAGCAUGUCUCGAAUAGGACAUACAAGUGCCGAGAAUGUCGACGACUGUUGGAGGGAAAAGCCAAGGUACCUAGCUUGAUCCUCACGUCGAUGACGCUUUGCUUCGCAUGCUUCAUGAACAAGCAUACUACACCCGUCGAUAAUUUGAUCCGGCAGGGUUAUCAGACUGAAGACGAGGAGUAUGGAGAUGGAAUAGUCGCAGUCCCUGCUAUACAGGUGGAUGCAGAUCAAGAGGAUAGUUGGGAAGAGGUUGCGGAAAAUGAAGUGUGUGAUAGCAUCGACGAGACAGUGGGAGAGUGUGAGCCACUGAUGGCCACAAUCAUAGAGGACGAAGAGGAGGACAUCGAGGAAGUUUUCGGACUUGUCGCUAGACCCGUGACGAAGGCUGAGAGGGCGAUCAACCCCAAGGCUCGGGCAGCGCUUGAUAAAGAAUGGAAAAAGCUGAUGGAUCAAGUGGUCUGGAUAAUGGAGGAGGUGCGUUCGUGGAAGGACGUACAACGGGAGGCAAUGGAUAGAGGGGAAAUAGCUCAUGUAGGUCGUAUCUUUGACAUCUGUGUGGAAAAGAACUGGGAGCUUGCUGAAGACGAUCCUCUUAGAAAGUAUAAGGGGAGAGUUGUGUUUGAGGGAUGUCAUGUCAAAGACCAGGAGGGAAAGUGGGCCAUCUUUCAGGAAAUCACAUCAUGUCCCGCGACACUUGAGGCAGGCAAGAUGGCGGAUGCCUAUGGGAUGCUGCCAGGACACGACAUCGAGAUGUCGGACGGUGAGUCGGCAUACACGCAGGCGCUGUUGGGGGGGCCUAAAACAUGGAUACGGAUCCCGAGGGAUAGGUGGCCAGAUGAAUGGGAGGGCAUAGACGACCCCGUGGUGCCACUGAGGCUAGCUUUAUACGGGCAUCCGGAUGCCGGGGGGUUCUGGGAAAAGCACUGCGAAAAGGCCGUGACUGAGGUCGGCUUCGAAUUCCUCUCAGAUUGGCCUAGUGUGUUCUUCCAUAAGGAGCUGAAGCUGAUGUUGGUGAUCUACGUCGACGACUUCAAGCUUGCGGGGCCCAAAGAGAACUUAGCGAUAGGAUGGGAGAAGCUGGCGAAGAGAAUCAAGCUCGAAGAGCCACGAAGUAUGGGCAGAUACUUGGGAUGCUUGCACACGGCUAGCGCGAUACCUUUUCGGUCGCCGUUUGAGCCGAGACACGAGUGGACGAAGAUCAUCGAGCCCAAGAAGGAACCGCCUAAUUUCGUGGGGAAGGCCGAGGCGAAGGAAGAUAGUCCAGAUGAGAUCAGGAUCCUUCGAUAUGAUGUUACCGAUUUCAUGAAGCAGUGUGUGGAUAGAUAUCAAGAGUUGUGCUCGACGGCAUAUCCUAAGCCACUGGAUAAAGCUAAGACCCCAUAUCUCGACGAGAGCCGCCCAGAGUUCGACGAGAACCCAAGUAGACGACAAGGUGAACGAAAUUAUGGGGAUAGCCAAGUACGAGCUGCCGGAUGA